ACGGCGGCAUAGCCCGCGACGAGAUACCGAUGCCACUCGUCUGUCCCCGCUGCGGCCCGCCGCUAGCGCUCGCCGGCCACCGCCGCCGCCGCCCGCAUCGGCCCCGAGCCGUCGCGCCCAAAUGCGAGGCCUCCCCCUCCCAUCCUCUCGUGCUGACCCGGAGGGCCGUGUCCGCCGCCGCGCUGCUCCUCCCCCUCCCCGCCUCGUGGCCGCAACUCCCCGUCGCCUCCGCGUCCGAGGCGGCGGCGGCGGCGGAAGCACAAGGAGAAAGUGGAGUUGCAGAGGGGCUAGAACUGGAUCGGUACACUGACCAGGAGCAAGGCUUCACCCUCCUCAAGCCGGCCUCGUGGCCCAGGGUGGAGAAAGCGGGCGCGACGGCGCUGUUUCAGCAGGAGGGGAAAGGGAGUAACAAUAUUGGGGUUGUCGUCAACCCUGUCCGGCUCAAUUCGCUGACGGAUUUUGGGACGCCGCAGUUUGUCGCCGACAAGCUUCUGCAGGCAGAGAAGAAGAAGGAAAGCACGAAGUCUGCCGAGGUGAUUUCAGCUGGAGAGAGAUCAGGUCAUGGUGGCCUGACAGUGUAUGAGAUUGAGUACGCUCUGGAUAGCACCAGGGGAGGGAUGAAGCGGAUCUUCUCAGCUGCAUUUGUUGCUUCAAGGAAGCUCUAUCUGCUCAAUAUUGCCUAUUCAGAUGCCCAGGAGAAGCCCUUGGACAGCCAGACUAGAACUGUUCUGGAACAAGUUUUACAUUCUUUUGAUUCUGUUUAGUGGUCUUUAACAAUAGAGGCUAAGUUGACCGGCAACUGGAGCCAUUUCUUGCUGCUCUGCCCCUCUCCGAGUCGACAACGUGUGGUCUUGUUUGUUUCUGGACACAAGAAGCGGCAUUGCAACGUGUCACGUGUGAACGGGUUCAAGUUGUUUGGGAGCGUAAACAUGUUGGCGUACGUGCCACCCCGUACCGCACCGUCAGGAUUACGUGCAACGAAAGGACAACGCCGGGUCUCUACGACUACGAGUGGGGAAUGGCUAUUUGAUUAUGCAUUUUCAGCGUUUAGUGUGUGCAUGGCCCGUUCGUUCGUUCACACCUCUCUAUGAAACCGUUCCAGAUGUUAUCUUUCUGGUAAGUUUUGAUUUUAAACUACAUAGUGAACUGACUGACAUAGGAGCCACAUGUUUGUUCGCACCUUAUCCGGCUUUUCUGCUUU